CUGGAGGAAUUGCAACACCCCUUGUUUAUGGCCAACUUCUAGCUUUAUACCUGUUGCAUAAUGACAUGAAUAAUGCACGAUAUCUUUGGAAAAGAAUCCCUCCUGCUAUCAAAUCUGCAAAUGCUGAACUUGGUGCGGUUUGGUCAGUAGGACAAAGAAUCUGGCAGAGAGACUUUCCAGGAAUCUAUACAACAAUCAGUGCGCAUCAGUGGUCCGAGACUAUUCAACCAAUCAUGGAAGCACUUAGAGAUGCCACUAGGAGACGAGCAUUUGGACUGGUUUCUCAGGCAUAUACCUCAAUAGUUGCAGAUGAUUUUGCAGCCUUUGUUGGGCUUCCUGUCGAAGAAGCUGUGAAAGGUGUAUUAGAACAGGGCUGGCAAGCGGACUUUUCAACUCGUAUGGUAAUGCCUAAAAAGCCAGGUGUACUGGAAGCUUCCUUUAACAGAUUUAUUCCUUCAUCAGAACCUGCUCCAGUUCCACCAAUUCCAAAUGAACAGCAGUUGGCCAGAUUGACUGACUAUGUGGCUUUCCUUGAAAAUUGAUUACCCUGCUCCUAUAUUCAGAACGACUUGGGAAUCCUAUGUACUGACAGUUUUAGAAUCUAAGAUUUAUUUUAUCUAUUAAAUAUUGCAGCAUCCCCUACUCAAAUGUGCGUGAGGUAUACAGUGUAUGUUAUCCCAAUUCGUGUUUUGCCAAAGCCAAGCUAGCAACUGAAACAAUCGUUUAACUCCUGUAAUAUUUAUUCAGUAGGUACACAGCAGUAUUACAUAGUAAGUUUUUUUUUAUUGACUCAUAGCAGAGAGAGGCAAAACUUUUUUCAGGUGUAUUAGUAAUAGGGAAGGGGGAAAAAAGUGAGUUAUGAAGCAGGUUAA